AUGAAAUGUACGGAUGGAUUGCCUAUUUUAGCUGUUAGAUUCUUCGUUAAAGGAAUAAAACCUACAAUCACCCGUUAUUGCGUUUUGGCCCUAAGUGAAAUUCAAAAUGAUAAAAUCAUACUUGUUUUUGUUACAUCUGGUGUUUCCCUUAGUACCAGACAAGGCUGGUGUACACAGAAUCUGGCAGUUUGUCCGAAUUAUUGCAAAGAUAAUGGAACAAGCGGAGCAACAGUAAACACAUGUGAUCCUGACGCAUGCACUUAUCAAUGUGUUUGUUCUGACGGUCGGUCGCCAGAUCCAAAACGAAAUUGUUCUGCUACCCUGAAAAAAACAUAUACAUAUGUUUUGCCCUCAUCUACUCCUGGUCCUGUACCUACGCCAGCAUCUACAUCAGGUUAUCAUUCUUCCCCUUCCAGUCUAUUAACUCCCAAUCUUGCCAACAAAUCAACUCCCGCAAUAGCAAUCGGGUUCCUUAUUGUUUUCUUAACUUCCAUAACGAAUUUAAAGGAGAUGGUCACACUUUUGGACAAAAUGGAUAAAACUGCACAAUAUGAUGGACCCAAAACUCCUAAUUCUAACUUCAAAGUUCAAACCGGUAUAUUUAAAACGCCGUAA